UGUAAGACUUUUAUUUUGAAAAGAACUGGCACUGUGAACUUGGCAUUGACUCAUAAGGCUUUCAGAGAUUCCGCUUUCAUUUCUGAAGAAAAGCAGAAUAGAAACCAUAUUAAUAAUAAGGCUAGACAGCAGCCCAGCAGUGGUCUCAGAUCUGCGCAGACAUGUCGGGUUACUCUCGGAUCAUACAUUAUGCGACCAGCAUAUUAUGCGGCAAUAAAGGAUCUAUGGAAAUAUCUCAGCUGCACCGCCAGGUGUUCCAGCGCUUCGAGAUCUCCGAGGAGGAUUUCUUGUGCAUCGUUAAGAAAUGCUCUCGCUUCACAGUGAUCCAGAGCAGAUCCAGAACUGAGGAUGGAGAGUCCGACUGCAUCGUCGUCGCGAAAACAUCUCUGAGACUCUGCAAGAAAUAUUCGAAGAAUGAAUGUUACGAGUGCCAGGAUUUACAUCUGUGCAAGUAUUAUGUUUACGGGAACUGCAGAUAUGGAAAAGGAAGGAAGGAGUGUAAAUUCUCCCAUGAUAUCCAGUCACAGCAGAACUAUCCCCUGCUGCGGGAAUGUACGCUUCAUGAACUGAACGAGGAUGAUCUCUUCCUGCUUCUGCUCCAGAACGACCCUGCCCUACUGCCAGAGGUGUGUGCUCACUAUAAUAAAGGCACGGGCCUUUUUGGAGUCUGUACCUUUAUGGAGUGCUGCACUAAGGUGCACAUUUGUCAGCACUUUGUGCAAGACGACUGCCUGUUCGGCCCCAAGUGCAAACGGCUGCACAGUUUCGACGAGCACAGCCGCAGGAUGUUGGAGGAGCGUGGUCUCGGUGGUGACAUCAUCCAUGACCUGCCCUACAUCUAUCAGAAUGUUUAUCGUCUCAACUCACAAACUAUAAGCAGUGAACUCAUAUCUGAUCAAGGCGUCACACCGGCUGCUCAGAUGGAGAAGAAUGAAAUCUGUCUCCACUUCAUAAGACGGAAAUGCAAGUUUCAGGACCAGUGCGUUCUUGUCCACUUUAAUCUUCCAUACAAAUGGGAGGUUAAUGACGGGAAAGGCUGGAGGGAUUUAAGAAACAUGGAGGAAAUAGAGAGAGCUUACUGUGACCCAAAGAAUGAACACAGUCCAGGCUCGAGACCGGUGGAUUUUGUGUCCAUGACCAGGAACCAUGACCCUGUGCGCCGACUCUCAACGGUCUCUUCCAUCUCUAAACCCGCCCACUACAUCCUGACAACAGAGUGGAUUUGGUACUACAAAGGAGAUCAGGAGAACUGGAUAGAGUACGGUCAACCGGAUGACAAGCAACGUGUGACGUCUGUAACGUCGCGAGAGCUGGAGAAAGCAUUUCAGGAGGACAGCAAUGCAGAAGUUACUCUUAUUAAGGGGAAUAGGCAUUACUAUGUCAGUUUCCAAGAUAUGUAUCAAAGAAACCCCAAACACAACACAAAGAGGAGGAUGCGCAGGCGACCACGCUUUGUGUCUAUCAAUGAGGUGGAGGCUAAAGCUGUGUGACUGACCAAACACACAAACACAUUCAGAUUAUGAGUUACUGCUUUAGUUUUGUGUCACUUCUCAAUUAAUACAUUGAGGAGAUAUAUCCUCAAUUUAUCCUCAAUAUUUAUCCAAAUUGAUCCUCAAUUUGUGUCUAUAUGUGUGUGUGUGUGUGUAUA